AUGCUUUAUUUUCCUCUGUCCCUCUGUCCAUCUUGCUCCCUGUCCCUCUUGCCCUUUGUCCCCCUUGGCCCUCUGUCCCUCUUGCCCUCUGUCCCUCUUGCCCUUUGUCCCCCUUUCCCUCUGUCCCUCUUGCCCUCUGUCCCCCUUUGCCCUCUGUCCCCCUUGCCCUCUUGCCCUCUGUCCCCCUUGCCCUCUGUCAGUCGGUUCCUAAUUAUCUAUCUAUCUAUCUAUCUAUCUAUCUAUCUAUCUAUCUAUGUCACUCGGUUCAUAAUUAUCUAUCUAUCUAUCUAUCUAUCUAUCUAUGUCACUCGGUUCAUAAUUAUCUAUCUAUCUAUCUAUCUAUCUAUCUAUCUAUCUAUCUAUCUAGGUCAGUCGGUUCAUAAUUAUCUAUCUAUCUAUCUAUCUAUCUAUCUAUCUAUCUAUCUAUCUGCCCGUGUGUCUGUCUAUCUAUCCCAGUCUAUUUUAUAUUCUUUUGAAAUUUGUUUUCUCUGUUCGGACUGUUUCUUGACUAUCUAUCUAUCUAUCUAUCUAUCUAUCUAUCUCCUUGCCGACCUCCGAGUCACGGAAGCGUCCGACCGGCUGCGGACCGCAGACGAAACUAGCGUCGCCACUAUACACACGAGAAGACGAUAUCGUUUUGACAGCGACUGGCUUGUGUCUGAAGUAGGUCACAGCUACACGACGUGUUUACGGCCCCUUUAG